UUAGACAUAACUAUUGUAGUGUGUUUCUUUACACAUUUAUCGGUACAAGAUAAAAUGAUUUGGUGUGUGAAAGGUAGGUUCAUAUUAACGAUUUUGCCUUGUUGGUUAUUCUUGUUGGUGAUCCCGACCAUUAGCGAUUCGCCACAUAUGGAAUGAAAAUUAGUUAAGAGUUCUUAAGUUCAUCUUUCUUCAUUUAUUCUUUGAUUUGAACUAGCAUGUCUUUGCUCUGAAGGAUUUGGUAGUGGCGUGCUGACUCGACUCUACUGUCACUCCAGGAAUUGGCCAAGUGAAACCACUUCCUAAAGCGUAGUAUAGCGGGUUUGGGUUUAAUUAUCAACCCGGGUCCUAGAUAUGAUGACUACUCAGUGAAUUCGUGUUAUCUAGCAAUGAAACUGGAAUGCAAGUCUAAACUAUCAAACUAACAAAGCAAGUAAACUGUUGUAUUCAGGUUAAGAGAGGUCACCCGGAUAUGGUUCCCCCUAGACUGCAGUUAAGCCGGAUUGUAAUUACCAAGUUCAGUUUCUAUGAAAAUUAUACUGCGGAAGGUUCUUAAACAGCCUGAAGUCUCGACUAAAGGUCUUCAGACCCUCUCAAUCUGAAUCUCUAGCGGGCGACUAACCUCCACCGGAGUAGACAAAUUGAGGCCCUAAGAACGAAACCUCCACUACCGGAGUAAAUUCGGUACAGAAUAGUGAGUUGGUUCCUCGACUAAAGUCACCAAUGUUAGUGUUGUGAUAUAUGAUUCACGAUUGAACCUCUCCCAACAACUCGAGUUAUUGGGAUAAACUGGUUCUUGAUAUGGUAUCAGAGCCUUCUGUGACCGAAAGGUCUUGUGUUCGAUUCCCGGUGACCCCAUUUGUUAAGCACAUGGUAUUCUUGCCUUCAGACUUGUGCAAACUUCAAGCCCUUGUGAGUGGCUUUCGUUUGAGGGGGCGUGUUAGUGUUGUGAUAUAUGAUUCACGAUUGAACCUCUCCCAACAACUCGAGUUAUUGGGAUCAACUGGUGCUUGACAACCAACUCCCUACCUUCAAUCAAGGAUACUCUAUUAACCUAGGCAGAUAUUCUCAUUCUAGGUUAAAGCAGAAACAACAGGAAUUUGAUCAGGAUUCAAGUCAUUCAAUCAUUAAAACCUCAAUCGAAUAUCAUCAAUCAUAGAAUCAGUACUUGGGUUCAUACAAUCAAACCUAACAUACAAAUCUAGGGUUCUCCAUACCCAGAUGAAUGGGAGAACUACUCCAUGGAGAAGAAAGCAAACGCAGAAUCAGACACGGAAUUCAUACUGCGAAGGAUGGAUUCCUGCUUCUGGACGUUGAUUGGCACUUCUCCAAGCUCAAGCUGGCCUCCGAUGGUGUUGAAGAUCAAUCUAGGGCACUUGGGAACUCUUGCUCGUCACUUUCUCUCUCUAGGAAUCGUUCUAUCUCUCAAUAACUCGAAUCCCCCCGAAUUGUGGCUGAAAUUCUGCUUAAAAGGAGAAAAUCCCGACUCACACGGCCAGGGUGGCACGGCCGUGCAGCUCACCCAGUUGCCCGUGUGAGUCAAAACGCAGCGUAUCAUUUAGUCGAAUUUCAGGCUCUUUGCACGGCCAGAAUGGCACGGCCGUGUGAACUUCCCUUCCUGCCCGUGUUUGCUCUCACAGAAUGUGGCACGGCCAACCCGGCCACUUGCACGGCCGUGUGGGUCUUCUGCUCUGCCCGUGUCUGCUCUCGCAGAAUCCCACACGGCCAAACCACUCCUUCACACGGCCGUGUGUACAUCAGGGCAGCCCGUGUACCUCCUUUGUGACUUGUCUCGCGCCCGAUCUUCACCCAAUCGACCCCGAACUCGCUCCUAAACCUUCAUUCACUUGCCAGGACUUGAAAUAUCACAAACGAGCACAACCUAGCGUGAAAUUGGUCUAAAACACGAGAAACCACAUCUCCAACGGUGUAAGAACAGGGGUGAAAACAUGUGUAACGAACGGUCUAUCAAACUCCCCCACACUUAACCGUUUGCUUGUCCUCAAGCAAACCAAGUCAGACACAAGGUAAGCUCAAAACAACAAGGCAUGACAUAUCGGCACAAAACACAUGGAUCAUACUGGCUUUCGAUCAAUAACACAUGGACAACUUCAAUGACAACCUAGACAACCACCACUGAUGACAUUCGAAUGCAUCAAAAAUCGAGCAAAGGAAGAGUUUCCCUUCUGUUCACCAACCAACAUAGACUUAACUCAACCACUUGUUCAAAACAAUCACAUCAUGCACAAAAUUCAAGGUAUCAGAAGUAAGACCGAGCAAUCAAGGUCCUCACCGGGAUAGAGAGUAUAAAGAAUAAGAGAAAAUGAAUAGCUCACUCUCGACCAGUGGGGUCAGGACAAUAUGAUGCGAAAAAUGCGCAUGCUCAAUCCCUCAAUCCCUAACAUCUCUUCACCAUGAAUGCAGCCUCUAAGUGCUAGAGUUCACAUAUGGGGUGUCACCACUAACUAAUCCGGAGGUCUUAGACUCAGGUUCAGACGACUGGCUAGGGUCUUGGACAUGGGGAAAAAGCCUUUUAGGUGGUGGAAGUAUUCAUACAGCACAAGGUUCCACAUUUCCAAACCCAACAGACUCACAAUCAAUCAGACCAGAAACUUUCUUUCUGCUAUUCUGCAUUACUCAAAUUCAGAACACAAGAGCGAAGGAGGUUACAUAAAUGCUAGUAUUUCUAAGCCAGACUGCUAAGAAACAUUACUACAUGGG